AUGCUUAUCUACGUGAGGGACUUGGAUAGCCUCCAAGCAUAUGAAUUCUCCCCAGAUACAAGAAUUGAAGAAAUCAUCACAUCUGCAGAAUGCGACAGUCUUCAAUGGGGUGGCCGUGCUUUACGCUCAGAGCUUACUCUUGCUGACUAUGGCAUAACUAAUGAAAGCACUUUGGAAGCUUUAUUAGCCCUAGAGGGAGGUAAAAGGAAAAAGAAAAAGAAAGUUUACACUACUCCUAAGAAAAAAGCUCAUAAAAAAAAGAAAGUUAAACUCGCUGUUCUCAACAUAUAUAAAGUUGAUAAAAGUGAAAAAGUCACCAGAACUAAGCGUGCAUGCGAAAAAUGUGGAGCUGGAACUUUUAUGGCAAAGCAUUUUAACAGACACUACUGUGGAAAGUGCCAUGCUACCCAACUUUUCUCACAAGCUUAA